AUGAAUCUUAAUACUGAGAAUGCACUUAUAAAGACGUCUGAGCAAGACGAGGAUGAGUCCGAACUGACAAAUAUGGAUACCGAACAAGAAGUUAUAGCCGAAAACCCCGAAGAGAAAGAUGUUUACGAGUUUUUCGUCAACAAAUCCCGUUUUGACUGGUGGAUUAAAGCGUUUAUGAUACGGUAUUGGAUGGAUUUUGGGAAACGCGAAGAGUAUAGAGUAAAUUGGGUGAGGAAAACAAGUCCAGAUGAUGAAAAUUCAGACGAUAUUGUCGAAAUUAUUAUCGAAAUUUUCAGUUUACACGAUAAUGGUAGUGAAGGUCAUUUAUUUUCAAUAACUAUUUCCGUACCAGAACAGAAACUUAUUAUUCAAGGAAACCACAGCAGUUUAUGGAAAAACACUGAGUUUUCACGCCUCAGAGAUCUUGUUAAUAAAUUUAAAAAUUAUGACACUGGAUUAGACACUGGGGCUAUUAGUUCUGAAUACUACACCAUUUUCCAUGAAGACGGGAUGAACAAGUCAAUUAGCUUACCUACUGACCUUAGUGAAUUGUCAUGGGACCAAUCAUUACUAUCUAUUCACGAAAUUGUGAAGGAGGAUAUCAAUGUCGUAAAUCAACCAAUAAAGGCUGGUACAAAAGGGUCUGGUAAGGCACGUCACCCCCCGAAGAGAGCAGGUCUAACCACACCUGUAAGUUCAAAAAAAGUAAAAAGCCGUUCACCAAAAUCGAAGUCCAAGCAAAAACUUACAGAAAAAUUACUUGCAGAAUCUAUUCAGGUCUGCAUCAAGCAGAUAUCCAAUCUCGAGGAAGUUGUUGCUAGGGUUGAUAAAAGUGAUGUGGAUUUAGAUUAUAAAGUUAAUUCACUCAGUGAUAGUCUUUUCUCAAGGCUAGAUGACGCAUUAGCUAACCGACUGAAGCAUGAAAUGUCAGUGCUCAGGAAAGCUUACGAUAGCAAAAUAAUGGAAUCUGAGGAGCGUGUGGAGAAGGCUGAAGCAGAAGUUAAAAAAUUUCAGGGUCGGCUUGGUUCUUUAAUUGAGGAAAAGAACAGUUUAUCAAAAAAAGUUAGAUAUCUAGAAGAGUCAAAUAAACUGUUGCAGGACCAUGUUGAUUCUAUACGACACAAGGUGAAUCAGGUUCCACCUGUUCAAAUAGUCGAUGUCACGAAAGACCAAGAUACAGUGGAGGUUACUAGGGAAGAAAUGGAACAACAAAAUGUAGUAGAUGAAGUUGCAUCAGAAUCAGAUGAAGUCGCUCCAGAAUCAGAUGAAGAAUCUAGUCAUAUUGUUGUCAAUGAAGUAGUGAAUAUAAAUCACGUAGUCACUCCACAACAGGUAGAUAAUAAUAAGGGAACAAUUCCCACAAACCAAAAUGAUCAAGACAGAGAAGUAACCAGCGAACAGUUUGAUUUCGUUUUUCUCUGUGAUUCGAAUAGAAAGUUUAUUAAUACAAAUCUAUUAUGCCCUAAAAGUACGGUGAAAGUGAUUCCCUGUGGAACAACAGAUAAAGCGAUAAAUAUCUUGUCAUCACCACGUUUUAAAGUUAAUAAGGGACUGAUCAUUAACACAGGUGUUAACGAUCUAGAACACUCUACUGCAAAAGAUGUUAUCAGUAAACAACUUCAGAUGAUCAAUCUAGCUGUGAAUGCUUUUCCAGGGAAAAAGAUAAUCUUAUCUAGUAUUACACCCCGAGAUGAUAAAUUGGACAAAGAUGUUGAAGUUGUUAACAAAGAAGUACACUGUCAAAUAGCAAACAACCCAAAUGUCAUAUAUGUCGAUAACUGUAACUUAAGGGAAGUAAAAUAUUAUUACGAUCACAAACACCUCAAUAGGAAAAAUGGCAUUCCUGCGUUCGCAACCAACCUCAAAAAAGGGAUUAGAUUGGCAUGUGGGAUUAAACUAAAGGAGCGUCGAUCACAAGUUCGUUUUAACAACCCACGUUAUGUCACUAACUUACCUGAUGCCAUCAAUUCCCCCAGCCCACGACGAGAAGAAGUACCACAACCACCAGAAGAAAAGAAUAUUGUUCACGUAAACGAAAAGAUUCAGGAAAGUGGAAUCAACACCAUCAAUACUCAGUUGAGUUGUUUAACUAAAUUAGUUAAUAUUCUGAUAUCUAACAGUGUACAACAAUCUAAAGUAAUGUAUUCACAGCCAACUCCCGCGCAAGCCUUUCCGUUUUAUAACCCGGUUGCCUUUCAGCAGCAGGUAGUCUAG